AUGACAGAGUACACGUAUAAUGCCAUUGAGGAUUAUGGUCUGAUUGGCGAUAUGCACACCUGUGCUUUGGUGAGCAAGGGCGGCAGCAUGGAUUACAUGUGCUGGCCGGUAUUUGAUUCCCCUUCAGUCUUUUGUCGUCUUCUAGAUGAAAAGAAAGGAGGUUUCUGGUCUAUCGAGCCACACAAAACAGUGGUCGAACACCACAGCAAGCAACGAUAUCUGCCGUAUUCGAAUAUAUUGGAAACUCGCUGGACCAAUGAUGGUGGUGUUGUGACAAUGCUGGAUUAUUUCCCAGUCACGCCCAAGAAGAAUGCUCAGUCAGGCCGACUGCUGGGAGGAUACUGUCCAUGCAACGACCCCGGUACCAACCGCUUUAAGUCAGGACUGCAGCAUUCGGGCGUGAUCAGGAAACUUGAGUGCGGUCGUGGAUCAAUGGAGCUGCAGAUAGAGCUCUUUCCUGCUUUCAACUAUGCCAGAGAUGCACACAACACCCGUGCGAAAUUGGAAAAUGACAUGUUCAAGCAUCGACUGCAGACGAUGCACUUUGAGAGUCUGACAGAGCGGCUGCAGCUCGAAAUCUUCGCGGAUAGCCGGGAGCCAGAGAAGCUCGGAUACCCAAAGGCUAACAUGACUUUGGAAGAGCGACCAGGCUUGCAGGGCCGUGGGCUGGUGGCCCGGAUCCAUUUGUCUGAGGGACAGACUCUGCACUUUGUUCUGCACAGCCCCGAGAAGGCGGUGCCCAAUUCCGCCAUGAUGGCUGCAUACCUGGGCAGGAUGGAGGAGGAAACAUCGGAUUAUUGGACAGAUUGGACUCGCAAGUGCGAGUUUCGGGGCCACUAUCGAGAGACAGUGGAGCGCAGCUUGUUGAUUCUGAAGCUCCUCACCUACAAGCCCACAGGCGCAAUUGUCGCUGCGCCCACAUUUGCACUUCCAGAAAAUGUGGGCGGCUCUCGAAAUUGGGAUUACCGCUAUUCUUGGGUGCGAGACACGGCUUUUACCCUGUAUGUCUUUUUGAAGAUGGGAUACAGCCGCGAGGCGGAAGCCUAUGUGACCUUUAUCUUCGAGCGGAUUCUCCCGCAUGCGGCUCAGGAUGUUGUUCCGGGAAGCAAACGCCCUUUUCUUCCGCUCAUGUUCACUAUCAGAGGCGAGUACGACAUUCCCGAAGUGGAGCUGGAACAUCUCGAUGGGUACAGGGGGAGCAAGCCAGUCCGCAUUGGCAACGCUGCUGUCUUCCACACUCAGUUGGACAUUUACGGCGAGCUCCUGGACAGCAUCUAUCUAUACAAUAAGCAUGGAAAUCCCAUCACUUACGACCAGUGGGCUUCAAUUCGACGCAUGGUUAACUAUGUGGUCAGUAUGCGAGACCAAAAAGAUAUGUCAAUUUGGGAAUCUCGUGGCCAGGUCCAGAAUUUUAUUUAUUCCAAGGUUAUGAUGUGGGUGGCAUUAGACCGCGGCAUUCGUCUUGCAGAGAAACGAUCUAGUCUGCCAUGUCCUGACCGAUUCAGAUGGAUUCAGGAUCGCGACGAGCUUUAUGAUGAGAUUAUGACCCGAGGGUUCAAUACUGAACGCCAGCACUUCUGCCAGAGCUACGAAAACCCUGACGUCCUUGAUGCGUCCAUUUUGAUUGCCCCCUUGGUCUUCUUCGUGGCGCCGAAUGAUCCGCGUUUCAUCAAUACCCUGAAAAGGAUUCUGCAAAAUGAAGAGAAGGAGGGUCUCUGCAGUGCCAAGAUGGUGUUCCGAUACGACCAUGAGAAGGCCAAUGACGGUGUGGGCGGAGGCGAAGGUGCUUUUAUUAUGGUUACCUUCUGGCUUGUUGAGGCCAUGGCCCGAGCUGCCCAAUACGAUGUUCCGAUUCCCAACAUCUGGAAGCUGGCGCUCUCCCACUUCGACAAUAUCCUGUCAUACUCAAACCACUUGGGGAUGUUCUCGGAAGAAGUGGCCAUCUCAGGCGAGCAGAUGGGCAACACUCCUCAAGCAUUCAGUCACUUGGCAUGCAUUAGUGCAGCCAUGAAUCUGGAGAAAUUGGGUCGCGAUGAAUAA